AUGACCUCCUCGCUGAAGGCGGACGUGAAGGAGUACAUACCUUCGUGGGCCUGCAAGCGGCCCUCCGCCGCUGCACCGGUGCCCGACAAUGGAAUAACGACCUCCUUGCCCACGGCCCCGAUAGUGAGGACGCAUGGUAGUCCCGCUUGGACCAACACCCAGCCGUAUGCUUCGUCCCCAAGCGCGGCUGGAGCUUUGCCCCUGCGCAGCCCUACAAUGGCAAUUCGUCUUCCCACACGGAUGAGUCCCAUGCACGCGAUCUUUCCUCCCGUGGCAUUCGCCAUGAACCCAGACGCAAGGGACUUUAUUCCGCACUUGGCUGGUGCCAAUUCGCUCGCCCCACUUCCAACGUCGACAGCCGACAUUGCAGAAGAGAAGGAGCGCCAGCAGAAGCGGCAGGACUGUUUGCCGUCCGGUGCAAAGUGGACGACCACCUCAACGAAGAACAACGUUACACAGACAAUGCCGUCGCCAGCAGUGAAGGCCGGUUUUACACCGCUUGCCGCUCCGAUUUAUGUGGAAAAGACCGAGGAAGAGAUUCUAGAGAUUAGUAAACGUAGCUCUCUUAAAGUGGGGGCGGCAGCGUUUGUUCCUCGCCGCACGUUAAACCGCGUGAUGAUCAGCAAGCAGUCUCCCUUUUCGCUCACACCGGCGACGGGUGAAAUGACGCUGGCUGAUUUGUGGUGCCUGUUUUACCUGCCUGCUGGGCUGGGGGAGUGCAUCCGGGAAAACACGUACGACCCAACACUCGUGUUUCGCGUGGAUUCCGUUGCCACCUUCUGGAAGGUCUUCAAUAACGUCCCUCGACCGACGGAGAUGACGAUUGGCACGUUGUACUUCUUCCGGGACGGGAUCAAUCCAAAGUGGGAGGACCCUGGCAACCGCGACGGCGGCAUUUUGAAGAUCAAAGUAGACUCCAGCUGCAUCAACGAUGCGUGGGUGUACCUGCUGUGCCGCACCAUUGGGGAGUCGUGGUCCAAGUCCGUGCGUGACACCAUAAAUGGCGUGGGCCUAAAAGUACGUGAGCGUGCGUUCCUGCUGGAGGUGUGGGUCACAAAGCAAAGCCCUGAUCUCAUGAUGGAUAUCACUGAGCUGUUGCAGCCACAUCUAGGCGACGUCUUCUCUGUGUUUUAUGCGCCACACACCGUGACGCAGAAACGUGCCGCCGCCGCUGCUGCUGCUGCUUUGGCUGAAAAGAAGAAAAAUAGGCAGAACCGCCGCCGCUGGUGA